GAGAAAGGAAGGAAGGAAGGAAGGAAGGAAGGAAGGAAGGAAGGAAGGGAGGAAGGAAGCAAGCGAAAGAAAGAUCCCUAAGACCCAGGCUAACAAAGGAGGGAACUUAUGGCUCUUUGGGUAGGAGAUGGCUGGAUAGGAAGAAGUUCCAAGCCAGGCAAUGGUGGCGCACGCCUUUAAUCCCAACACUCGGGAGGCAGAGGCAGACAGAUCUUUGUGAGUUUGAGGCCAGCCUGGUCUACAAAGUGAGUUCCAGGACAGCCAAGGCUACACAGAGAAGCUCUGUCUCAAAAAACGUUUAAAAAGGAAGAUGCUCAAGAGGAGUGUUUCUGGAUUGGUGCCAAUCUGUACCUACAUUGCCUUGGAGCGGUCCCAGGGAGCAGGCUGCGGUUCCAUGAAUGGUUCAUGCCGCCAUGAAGGAGGGGCAGAGUGCUGAGUGGCAGAUGCCUCUGUGAGGCUUGCCUGCCUGCUUGUUGGCAGAGAGUUGAAUGUGGGCUCAGUUGUUUGCUGUGGGACAGAUUCGUAUCUCUGAUCCAGAAACAGAUCCAGAGUGUGUCAGCUCUACAAGCCAUACAUUUUAGCCAUAGUAUGGAGUGGGCACCCAGGUCAAAAAACCCGAGAGUUCUGCCACCUGACCUGGACCACAAAGUCAUUCUUCAGUGAUGGGGUCCUAAGUGGGAGGGACAGGAAAUGAGAAGGUGAAGAAUGCAGGAAGCUGGGGUUGUGAGGUCUUGCACAAGCUGUGUCUUAUGCCCAGCGAGUUUAUUGUGAAGUACAGCAUCUUAGAUACUAUUUGGGGGUGUGUGGGGGAAUGGGACAGUGUCAGCGGAAAGCUAUCAUGCAAUGAGACGUAGCAAGGGAAUCAAACAGUGUUGCACAAGGGGAACACAUGACAUGUACACAGCAGCCUUGGGACCGAUAAGUCCAAUCUCACCAUGAGAAGAAUUGGGUUCUUUCUCAGGAUUUGAAGUGGAGCUCCCCCAGGGCCCUGGCCCCAAGCCCUCACUGGCCCUGCCAAGCAUAUUCCUGGUUUUAGAUAGGGAACUACGUUCCUUCUCUACACAGCAAGGACUCAGGGAAAGCCUUGGAUCAACCCAGCCUGAGGGUGGAACCCCACCAUUACACAAGUGGGCAGCUGGCUCCUACCCUGGUUUAUGGAGGCAGCUGCUGAACUGUUAAAUCUGCUGACAGUCUCCUGGCUUUUUUUCUUAAAAGUGUGUGUGUGUGUACAUACGUGCACUGCAGAGGACAACGUUCAAGAGGUUGAGCUCUCCUCCUUCCAUCAUGGAUUGUGUUCUAGACAUUACCUUGAGACAAUUGUAUUUCUCUGACUCUGGCAAAGGCUCAGCAUUAUUCAUUAUUGAGGUGUGAUUCGUGCACCAUACCAAUCUCCCCAUUGAAGUGUGCAAUUCAUGGGGGCUGGAGAGAUGGCUGGAGGGUUAAGAGUGCUGACUGCUCUUCCAAAGGACCUGGGUUUGCUUCCCAGUGUCUAUGUCAGAUGACUCACAACUGCCUGUAACUCUAGCUCCAGGGGAUCCUGUGCCCCCUUCUGGCCUCUGUGGGUCCUGCACUCACAUGCCCAUGCACACAUACAUACACAUGAGUAUUUAAAGCAUGUGCUCUAGUGUUUUUUAUCUGAUCCCAAGACCCUUCCAAGGUGACCCCUGUCUAGUUCACAACACCCAGAGAAAAAGUGACCUCAUCUGAGGCUUCCAGGGUAGCCUCAGGUUGUGCCUUUUUCCACAUGAGCUGGUUCUUCCCUGUGUAUGUCUGGCACUGCACCAGGACACAUUGCUGUCUCACUGGUGUGACUCAGCCCCACAGAAGGCAGCUACAUCCUGACACUUUCCUGGCCUCUUUCUGUGGUUGAUAAAAUGACUCCCAUGGCUGGACAGACCACCCAUUGCAAAUAAGGCUUUAUGGAGAUUGGGCAUUGUCUGUGUCUGUAUUAUAGGACGACAGUGGGGGCUGGAUGGAUAUGACACAAGUCGUUUGUAACCCUCACGGCCUGCUGAGUCCUCAACAGUCUGUCCUUUGUAGAAAAUUCUUUCUGUCCUUGGCCUCUGUGACACUGGGGCAGGUUUGUGGUUUGUGUGCUAUGGUAGUUUUCAUCUGGUUACCUGCUCUGUCAUUUCCAGAAGCAAGCAGGAUGACUUGCGAAGGAAUGGGGGGCAUUCUUCAAAGUGCCCUGAAGUUGCAGUAAGGCCCCCAACCUGCCCUGGGCUCCUAGGGGAGAAUAGGCGAAGGGUGUGGGGGAAGCUUCAUGCCAAAAGCCUGGUUCUCCAUUCAGGUUUCCCUGUGGGUAUAGACCCCAGGGGUCUUGUCAGUGUGUCUUGAGGGUCAGCAUAUGGCUUGAAACAUUAUUUGUCCCCUUUCCAACCUGUGGUUGCAGGUGGCUCUGUCUUUCCUGGAACCCUGUUGGAGUUUAACCACCUUCUGUAGACUUAUUGUGGCAGAAGCAGCCUUUGCCAGGCACCUCUGGUUAUAACAGACACCUGAUUAGGACAAUGGCCAGCUGGUUCUUAACUAAGGCAGAAGGAGGUGUCUGGAGAGGCCUCUGGCUUCACAGCCCCAUAGCUGAGUCCCUACUCUGUUUCCUCUUCUAUGGCAGCAGGCUGGUGCCUGUCUAACCAUCCCUGAAAAUAUAGUAAGGAAGGUGCUGAUGAGUUAAGUUCCAAAAGGCAAUGGUAAGAUGUCCUGAUGGGUUCCACAGCUGUCAGCCCCUCUGUCUCCUUCCAGGAGUCUCAACUCCUGAGAAACCUGUGGCUUCUGCCCAGGAGCUAUAGGGACAGCAGUGUCAUAAGAGGCCAUCUCCCCAUCAUGCUGAGGAUGGGAGCACCUGGUGACCCCUUUUCCCUCAGGGACACUUGAACUUGGCUUCUUUCGACUCCACCUUCAGAAGAUGGAGCAGGAAGGUCUGUGACUUGUCCAAGGUCACCAGUACAGUGGCAGUGCCAGGAGUCCCUGGAGACUCAACAGGAGCAAGUUCCCGGCUUUGGAUAUAAGGGUGCUAUUCCUUGGAGGGGGUAGGAGGCUGGGUGUCCUUGUGGAGGCUUGGUGACAAAGAUGUUGUGUCUCAAUGUACGCCUUCUGGAGUCUCCCAUGGGCGUGCUGGCAGAGCAGUCAGGAUUAUAAAAAUAGGCCUGUAUCCAGGAUUUUUUUCUUCUGAGAGAAUUGGUAACAGACACCAGUAAGCAUUUGGUCACAAGUUUAUCCAGUCUUGCUUGUCUGGGGGGAAGGCUAGAAGCCCCCGGAUAUUGCAGUACCUGGGGUCAUAAGUACAGUAUCAGGUACCCAGCAGGUAACAGAUGAUGCUGGUCGUUUGCCUGCUGUGUGGUGCAGGGUGAACUCAGUACCUUCUACGUGAGUGCACUCUGAGCGUUCCUCCCCCAGCCUGGCAUGGAUGUUUUAAAUUAAAAUGUAAAAGUGAGGACAUAUGAGGGAAUCAGACUCCUGUUUGCAAGUGCAUCUUUUUUUUUUUCAUUUUCCUAAAAUGGACUUGAAUUAUACAUGUAUUUUUUUUAAAGUUAGUUCUUGCUAUGAUUGUCUAAUAACAGGCAGCAAUCAACCUGACACCCUCUAGACCUGUCUUGGCCAGUGUGGCCCGUGUUGUUUAGCAGAGUGGAUAUUUGGGGGGUUUUGGUGGUGGUGGUGGUUUUGUUGUUGUUGGUGGUUUUGUUGUGGUUGGUUUUUUGUUGGUGCUGGCAAUGAUCCCCAUGGGAUCCACCUGUUGUCUGGACCUCCCCAGCAUAGGGGUUACCAGUGUGUGCCCCUACCUCACUCCAAGCUUUUUACAUUCUGCUGGUGAUCAAGCAUACAUCCUCAUGCUGACCCAGCAAGCACUUUCUCAAACUGAGCCAUUGUCUCCCCAGUCUGCCGGUUGGGUUAAUGCACAGCUUGGGGCUCUGGGAUCAACCAAGAAGUGUCAGGAGAGCCAAGGUGUGGCAGGGCUGGGUAUGGCAAUAUCACUUUUGUUCCAGAACAGACCUAGAGAGGGUAGUAAUGGAAACUACAAGUGAUGAGCAGUUAGGGGCAGGUCGAAAGAACCACCUAUUAGGAGCCACCUAUUAAAGGGGCAGUAUAUUCUGUAUCUAGGAACUUUCCUCUUGCCAAAGAAUUGAUGGGAGACGGGGGUGGGCGGGGGAGACACAGGAGCCAAUCCCAGGGCUGUAUUUGUGAGUUCCCCAGAGAGACAGAACCAACAGGGAGAGAAGGCCCAGGGUUUGGUAUGGGAACGGCCUCCCACCAUGAUAGACUGCAAACCACCUCUGCAGAACAGAAAGAGUGAAGAGUGGGGGUGGAUGGAGUGAGUCUAGAGGGCAAAGGGCAGGUCCAGGAGCCCUGAUGGCUGGAGAAAACAGAUGAUGCCGCGCCCAAGCAGAGAAAGCAGCUCACUUCUUCUGAGUCCUCAAGUUUGCUUAGUGUAGCCCAUAAAGUCCUGAUUCGGAGCUAAUCGUGUCCAGAAAUAGCUCUGGAUUAACCAGCUUGCUGGGUGUCCCUUUGCUCACUAACUAGCUGGGUGUCCCUUAGCUCAUCAAGUUGUCAUAGAAAAUAAACCAUCACAGGGAUGUGAGAAAAGGGAACAGAAAAACGGAGGGCGUUUGGUGGAGACAGUCCUCCUGAGGGGAUGACGCGUGCAUCGGCCCAAGUCAGUGGUCAGUAGCCCCUCCCAGAGCUUGUCCAACCCAGUCAAAGCCCUGGGUUCCAGGGUUAGUUCUCGGAGGCCAGUGCUCUCCGAGAGUCCCACUCCUCAGCCUUCUCUGCAGCUCACUUUUCCUCCAUAGAAGAAACGUUUGACGCUUUAUCAAAGCCAUAUUCCGCAAACUCAACCUCUCAGCGGUCCCAUUUUCAGAGGAUGCUCCAACCCUAGAAAUGCGGCCAAGCAUGUCUGACUUUGCAUUCUGUAGGGUUAUGAGUGACAGAGGGGCUGGAGUCAUCCUUCUUUGCCUGCCUCAGUCAGAAUCCCAGAGCUGUUGGGAAGUAGCCCAUAUUCCCUCUGCCCAAGUCCAGCUAGCCUCUGUCUCUAUGGGACAAGGUAUGGGAAGCAUUUGUCCUUGAGACUUGAAGUAUGUCUUAGACAGACAGGGUGGAGAGCACCACCUGAGGCUGGGCGAGGGAGGGUGUCCUCCACGCCACGGUGGCUGUGACCUGAGAGUUUCUUUAUGGCAUGGCCUCUGUGUGUCAAAACCUUCAAAAAGCUCUUGCCCCAGCCACUUCAGACAAAUGUGUGAUUGCUUUUCUCACCUGAAACUUUGUCCUCUGACUGGCCUCACCCUGCGCUGAUGUCACAGCACAACAGCUCUGCUGUUCCCAUGACAACAGUCUCCCAUAGUUAACCAGCCAGGGCAGAGCCUGGGCUGCUGGCAGAGGUGGGGAGUGGUGAUUCCAGCUAACCUGAGCCAGUGACCCCUGAGACCCCACGUGGACCACCUUAGGACAAGAUUGUAAGAUUGCAGUGUCUGCCCCUUCUUCUCUGGGAGGGGGGUUCAUUUGGUACCCAGCUGUUUGGGGAGAACGGAUGCCCAGGCCAAGUUCUGAUGCAGGGUUAGAAGUUCCUGUCUUGUAAGGAAGACUAGUGGGGGCCAGGGCCUGGGGAGACUCUGCAGCUGCCUUGAGAAGCAGGAGGGAUGUCAUGACUGAACAAGAGUGGCAGCUGGUGUGGGUGCCCUGACCUGGCUUUGGCGAGCAUCACCCCUACACCUAGUAAAGUACCAGCUGGAUUAGCUGUAAGUGCCCCUCUUGGUUGGUGGAUGUCUGGACCCUGAGGUCGGAGGUCAGCUUGCUACAAGAUUGUCUUUGGAAAUAUGAGCUUGUCCUUCAACCCCUUAGCUGGCUGCCCAGCUGUCUUAGUCUGGUAGAGCCCAUCUGGUCCUGGUGGAGGACGAGGAGAUGGUAAAAUGUCAGUAUGUAGCCCUGCCCCCAGGAUUGGGGUGAAAACCUGCUAUGAACUUGGGCAGGGCUUAGUUCCACCAUGCCCAUCCCUAGGGGACUUGCUGGCACUUCUACUCCAACACCCAGCCCAGCAGCUUUAGGAACCUUAGGCCAGGCAACACACUGUGUCAUACAAGCAAGAACUCCCAGAAAUGGGGUUAAAAACAUUUCUGAUGUUUAUUUCACCUGGGCUUGGCUUGGAUGCCUCCAGGGAUGGUUGUCUCACUGCCUACCCAAUGAUUUCAAGACAGCCCUGUGGAGAGUGUUUCCUUUCGCCCGGCCAACUCCAGCGUCCCUGUAAUGUGCCCUCAGUGGUCUGGCUCAGUCACCAGGAGACAUACACAGGCUUUGAACACUUUUCUCCAGCUGUCCAGAGCGGCCUGUGCCCUCCUGGCCUUGUAGGUUUUCUGUGACUCUCUCAUCGCUUCUCCGGUUGCCCCAGACCCUGCGACCUCUGCUCCUUGGCUACAGCCACCUUUGCUUGCAAGCAUGUCUGCAAAACUAACAGAAAUGCAGAGAGACAUGGAGCAGUCAACUGAGCUAAGCACCUCUUGUGAUGAGGAAGCCUUAUUUUUGAGACAGAAGCCUGAACUGAUGCAAGUCCAAGACAAGGCUGAUGUAACACUGCAACAGUGGAAAGCCCAGCAGCUGCAGCGCCUGGCUAAGGAGCUGAAGGCAGAGUGGCAGGAGGCCCGGCUGCAGCAGUUCAAAGACAUGGAACACCUCUAUUUAGCCCAUCUGUUGGAUGAGGCAACAGGGCAGGCCAUGGGAAAUGACUUCAUUGUGGAGGAACACAACCGGAAAGGCUCAGCAAAACACAUGAGGACUAAGGAGAGAAACAGAGCACCCUUUAGAGAGAAGAGUCGCCGGGAGGAGCACCCCAGGCAACAACCCAAAUCCCGGAAAAAAGCAACGUGCUCAGAGAGACGAGGUACUACCAAAGCCCGGGGCCCAAACCCCAGUGAGAAGGGGAAAGGGAAGCGUGUGUCUUCAAGUAAGAGCACUGGUGGCUACCAACGGGUGAGCAGAGGGCCAGACAUCAAUCCACUCUUAGCUGGUGCUGGGGAAACUAAGUGGGUGGAGGAAGUACAGAAGGAAAUACCCAGGGAGGGGCGGCGACGGAUGAGAAGAGGGACAUCAUACUUUGUUCAGAACAUAAAUCAGAACUCCAGAGACCAGAGUCUGCAGGGCAAAACAGCUGACUUGGAAAAGCCAUCGCCUCUCACCUCCACCUUCAGACAGGAGGCCACAUCGCCUGUCAUCUCCUCCUUCAGACAGGAGGCCACAUCGCCUGUCAUCUCCUCCUUCAGACAGGAGGCCACAUCGCCUGUCACCUCCUCCUUCAGACAGGAGGCCACAUCGCCUGUCAUCUCCUCCUUCAGACAGGAGGCCACAUCGCCUGUCAUCUCCUCCUUCAGACAGGAGGCCACAUCGCCUCUCAGCUCCUCCUUCAGACAGGAGGCCACAUCGCCUCUCAGCUCCACCUUCAGACAGGAGGCCACAUCCCAGGGGGCGCCGUCCAAGUACAGCGAUAAGAAUCAGUGGCACAAAGACAUUGAGUCUGCUUUCGAAGAAUUGUUUAACACAAAUAGAAAGCUGAAGAAUCACCUGAAUUUGCACCUCGAACAGAAGCUCAAGGUGGACCCCGGUCCAGACAAGCUACAGAGCCCAGCAGAGACUCAGGUUGUGCGCAGCGACACCCCAAGAGAGGCGAAUGCAGAGGAGGCAGAAACGAUGGCUGAGGAGCCUGGGAGCCCAUCAGACAUGGUGGCCCAUGAAACGUGGUCCAAAACCGAUUUGAAACAGUUGCUAGGUGAGACCGAGUACCCUAGGUACCAACAGAUGCCAAAGCACCUACCAAAGAGUGAGAGCCUGGUAUCUGUCCCUGUGGCAGGAACUUCUAGCAAACAAGACGACGCAUUGAAAGACGACGCAUUCUCAGGAAGCCCACAGUCAGGACAGGAGCCACCCAAGUCAGCCACCAUGGACGAAGAAAGCCUUAAGCCUUACCUGGAGGAACAGGCAAAAGCUGUAGCAAGCUGGAUGGCUAUGAGGCAAAAGCAGAAGGCAGAGUUGGAGCAAAGAAGGCAAAAGACAUUGUUGGAGAUGACAGAACACCCUGACAUGAGCUUGGAAAUUCAUUACAAGGCCGAGCUAGAGGAAGAACGCAGGGAACGCAGGAGGUUGCGCUUGGCUCUUCUUAAGACUUCUUAUUCCUCUGGGGUCCAGGUCCCAGCCCCUAGCAGAACCAUUUCCCUGGACAGCAGCCUUCUCGAUGAGGACAAACAGAGCGAGAUGAUCCGUGACCUUCAGCAGCAGAUUUUAGAGCAAAACAAGUUACACAAGCAGUUUUUGGAAAAAGCCAGGAAACGCUUGCAAGAGUUUCAAAAAUCAUUUUAAAGGCAGACCCACCCGAGAUCAAUACAUUCCUGAUGACUGCUA